CACUUCCAUAAAUCCGCGUCACCCCCCCCUCCCUAACCCCAGCUCACUCCUCCCCCACACCUUCCUUUUCCUCCCGAACCACCACCACCGCCGCCGCCUCCAAUGCUGCCGUACUCCUCUCUCCACGAGGCUACGGCCGCUCUGGGCCGUAAUCUCACCUUCGCCGAGACUUUCUGGUUCAAUUAUUCCGCCAACAAGUCCGAUUAUUAUCUCUACUGCCAUAACAUUCUUUUCCUCUUUGUGAUCUUUUCAUUUGUGCCUCUUCCUCUCGUUUUCGUCGAGCUCUUGCGAUCUGCUGGCUUCGAUAAGUAUAAGAUUCAGCCCAAGGUUAAGCUCUCUUUCUCCGAGAUGCUCAAAUGCUACAAGGAUGUCAUGCGCAUGUUUUUUCUCAUUGUGGGUCCCUUGCAAUUGCUCUCCUAUCCUUCUAUCAAGAUGAUUGGGAUUAGGACAGGUUUGCCGUUGCCCUCCGGAUGGGAAAUUUUUCUACAGUUGUUGGUGUAUUUCACGGUGGAGGACUACACCAAUUACUGGAUCCACAGGUUUCUGCAUUGUAAAUGGGGCUAUGAAAAAAUUCACCGUGUUCAUCAUGAAUAUCCUGCUCCCAUUGGUUUUGCUGCCCCAUAUGCACACUGGGCUGAAAUUUUGAUCCUGGGAAUUCCAUCUUUCCUGGGGCCAGCCAUGGUUCCUGGGCACAUGAUCACAUUUUGGUUGUGGAUAGCUUUGCGGCAGAUUGAGGCAAUUGAGACACACAGUGGGUAUGACUUCCCUUGGAAUCCCACAAAAUAUAUUCCAUUUUAUGGUGGUGCAGAUUACCAUGAUUACCAUCAUUAUGUUGGAGAACAGAGCCAAAGCAACUUUGCUUCGGUGUUCACCUAUUGUGACUUUAUCUAUGGAACUGACAAGGGCUAUCGGUAUCAAAAGAAGCUACUUUGGAAGCUGAAAGAGGGAGUGAAAAGUGGUGAUGAACAUAAUGGAGGCUCAUACUAUGCUCCUACACAAGAUCUUAAAUCUGACUAGCCGAGGAACCGCAGAACUUUUCUUCAGAUCUAUGUGCUUAGGGUACAUCUCUUGGAAGACUAUUAUUUCAAGUUGACAUCAAUGUGCUAGUCCUGGUUAAUUAGAAGCCUUUAGUAUUGCAGAUGGAGAUUAACUGUCAUUUCUGUAUCAUGAAGGGGGGUUUAGUUAAGUUUCAGAAUUUGGGGUUUUGUUAAUGAAAUUCAGUGGAUUGGUAUAUCAUGGCUUGUGAAUUUAAGAUUUCAAGUGUUGUUGUAGUAGUUUUUGUUUGAAAUAUAGAAAAUGCUAUAAUUUCAUGUUUC